CGUUUAUUCCAAAAUCAAAACAAACCGGUUAUUUUUCGUAUAUAACCGGUAUUGCUUUAUACAGCCAGUCUAAGCUAUCCGAAAGAACUACGUCUUAUAAUGGCAGAUGAUGUCUCAGCAAUAGUUUCCAAUUUAAUCACAGCUAUCGAUACUGAAAGAACGGACGUUAUUUGCUCAGUUUUGAGUGAACUGAAAAAAAGUAGGUCUGCCCCUUUUUUCUUAAAACAAAAAACGAUAUAUUUUUUUAAAUUUUUAUCUACAUACCUGUGGACUGCAGUAUAAUAACAAAUUACAGGGUAUAAGUAUAACAAUUAACAUGAUGGGAUAUAAUGUGACUAGCCCUAACCUUUUAGGCUAAUGCAGAGAAUUGGUGCUAUUAUUAGGCCUACUUACUAUUAGUAAUUAGGCAAUUAGGGAUACAUUUAGUAGAUACUUCGAUGAAACAAGGGAGACUACUACUUUUUGUGUAUCGGAAAUAGAAAUUGGCACCGAAAAAUCCGAGUUUUUAAUUUUCCGAUGUGUGUGUCUAUUUAUUAUUAAAUUAGUACUUUCGAUAUAUAUUUGAGUUCCGUUUUCGGCCUUAUAAUUAGAUAGACAUCUUGGCCUACAUUUUGAUCAAUUUCUUUUUCAUUUACAAUCAGUCAGCUUUGAGAAAGUCCUUGGUAAAUAUAAGGCAACUUUCAUCAUUAAAAUUAAGUAGAAGGAAAAAAUUUGUCACUAUCAAAUUUUUUUUGCAUCUGGGGAAUGUAUUGAUCUACAUGUAUGCCAAUUUUCACAGCGAUAAGUGUCUUACGAGAGACACCAUGUUUCUACGCUUUUGCAGCAGGUCAUGCAGUUCGCUCAACCUAAUUUCUCCAUGGGGUGGGCCACGCCCCCUUUUUACUGGCGGAAGUUGCCGAUACUUAGAAAAUAUUAAUUUAUUACCACUAUUUACAUCAAAAUAUUUGAUAACUUGUGUUUCAGAAUGCCUUUUGAAGACAUUUAAACUGGAAUAUUUUAAUUUGAGCUUUAACAACCCAGUAGAAUCCAUAUUAUAAAUGAUCAGAAUUUACUGUGUGCAACACGUUGUCAUUGGCAACCAUUCACAGCCACUUGCAUAAUGGCUGUAUGGUAGUACUACCUCAGAGUUUCAUUCAUGAGAGUUUGCCGUGUGCAAAAACUACUAUACCGUUGGUCAGGGAAAGCUUUAAUUAAUUAUUCAUGUGCCAAAGUUGAAAGUUUAAAAUAAGUCGACCCUAAACAGUAUUUUAGUGAUAAGGCGAUGCGUUGCCUUAUAUAAAGUAUAUAAUCAUUGCGCAUGACGCGAUCAGCGGAAUGAGGUCACAAGAUGUGGAGGUUUCGUCCAUAGUAAAAAAUACCAAACGAACUCACACUUUAAAAAUUCAUAGCUCAAAAAGUACUUAAGCUAAAAAGUUGAUUCUGGUUUCAUUUUUUUAUUUGAAAUUUGCUCUAACUAACUGUGUUAUUAAAAAAAUUAUUUCAAUUUUUAAAAAUUUUGUAUUCAAGUGCCUACAUUUAGGUAGGUACUCCGCCGAAGCAAGGGACACUCCUAGUAAAUUUGUAUCGGAAAUGGGCGUCGGCGCAAUAGAAUCAGAGUUUUUAAUUUUUCCUGUGCAUGUAAUUUGAAUAAAUUAGGAGUCCUUUUGGCCCAUAAUUAAGGUCUGACUCCGCCCAUUAACGUUACAAGAAAUGUUGAACAACAUUCCCCUUGAGUUAAUUUUUUCUUUAUAUCAACGUUAAGUAAGGAAAAUGGUAUGUCAAUAUAAGGCAUCUUCGCAUUAAAAAAUUCGGUCUAAAUAUUCAAAGUAGGUCUUUCAUAUUAAAAGUAGGCCUGCAUAAUUUUUUGAAGUACACGUGUGCAAAAUUUCAUUGAGAUAGCUCAUGAAACAUUUUCACAAUUCUCCUCAACGUUGACCUCAUUACGCAAAGGUCGCAAACGAUGUGUGAUAACAUUCCUGUUCUUUAUUGAGCAUUACUCGCGCCAUAAACGAUACGUCUAAUAUGAAGAAGUAUAUAAUAUUGAAAUGAAAUUUUCCAUUAAUUUGUAUUAAAAUUCAACUUACACGUUUCAAAAGGAAGGAAAAAAGAAACACAUCCUUGCUGAUACCGUAAGACCCAACACUUGUGAAAAAAAUGAGCCCGCCAAAAUUGCUGUAUUUUGAUUAGUUGAAAUCAAAAUACCCGUAUUUAGGUAACAAAAGGACGACUACUGCUUAAUUACUAAUUAAAUUGCAUUUGAAAUGAUCUUCCCCCUCCCCCAAACCCCUCCCCUCGCUUAAAAUGCCAAAAUAAGAAACAUAGAAGUUCCCCUCCCCAAUAUAACAACAAAAUAUAAAAUAAGAAAAUAAUAACUUGAAUUAUGUAAAUACAAACAGCGAAAUCUUUUUAGUAUGGCACUGUAGACAGCACUGUUGAUGGUAAUGGACCUAGGGAAACCUGCGUGACCUAUAUACCGUGGAACACAUUGUCGGCCUUACCGCUAACUCAAAACCAGCCUACAUUUAGUUUUCAGGUUAGGUUUAGAAUUAUAAAAGUUCACUGGUCGUGGCAACCAAGAAGGCGGCCUUGUGAUAUGUCAUGGCACCAAUUGUCUGCAUUACCACAUUUUAUUCAAAUAAAGCCUGAUAAUUUCAUGGCGCGCCAAACCAGCAUUUACCAAAAGCUGUAUUAAUAUUAUAAUUAUGUCAUGUAAAGUUACAAAUUAUAAUAAAAUGCUACCUGACUAGCAUCUGAAAAUAUAAUCUGGCUGGCUAUUUCAGACAAUCCAAUACCACCCUGAGUUUCUGUGUAGGAGUAUGAGUGAAAUAACCUAAAAAGAAUCCUUUACAUUUUUAUAUUUAAAAUGAAAUAUGGUCAUUCCGGUAUGAAGAUUUGGCGUACAUAUCAUCAAUAAUACAAACCCCUGGCUAGUAUUAUUAUCAAACCUAUUUUGAAGUAGCAUAUUUUACCCUGUACAUACAGUAUUUUACAAUAACUAUUUUCAAGUUUUAGUCAUUCAAAAUCAUAUCUAGCCUAGUGUCAAGGGUAUGAUAAUCACAGUCUAUAUUAGUGAAUUAGUGUGAAUGUUUUGUGGUGAGAAGUGUCAUGAGUUGUAGUUUGGUGCCUUAACAGUGAUUGGAUGACAGGAAAAUGAUAAAAAAAACAAGGGAGUGGAAUAUAGGAUUGACUGUGACUGGCAGACUUAUAAAACUUACAUGAUUUUUCUCUGUGUAUGUGUGUAUUAAUAUUUGUACCUUUCUAGUGCUCUAAGUUAAGAAAGCUUUUAUUUCUGGAUAUUUAAUUUUGUAUUUUUUCAUCAACUUAAUAGUAUAAUUAAAUUGAUUGUUAUUAAUAUCACUAGCUUAAUUUUUCUUUGUAUACUGGUUUUCAAUCUUUUGUCAAAUAUCUUUAAUCUAACAAACCAAAUCUUUAAAAAGAUUAAAUUUGGUGAACAUUAGAACGGUUUAAAGACAUUAAAUUACAUAAUUUUUUCUAGACACUCAUAAUCCUGAACUGCUUGCUAAAGUCCUGAAUGGACUGCACACUGAGCAUGGCACCCUACUUCACUAUGCAACAAAGGUAACUGUUAAUAAACUAAUAAGUAUCCAUAAGUUUUCUUUAAUUUAUUAUAUUCCUCAGCUAUUUUAAAGACUUUCUAUCUAACCGCAUUUCCAUCUAGUGUGUCAAGGUUAUUUUUUGUUUAAAUGCGUAACUGAGCGAAUUCCCUCGCUGUCUUUUGGUCACCUGUAAGGUCACAUCAGAGUUGUGUUUCUGCUUCGUUCAGUGAACAGUGGGGGAAAAAAGGGUGUAGGGUAGGGUAGGUAGCUGUAGAAAAGUAAAUAUACAAAUUUAAAUUUUAAUACUUAAAAGGACAUAAAAUAAUUUUUAAUUUCUUAAAAUGCGCCACUCAAAUAAAGUCAGUGCAGAAAAGAUGUUCAAAAAUUAAUUUUAAAAAAACAUUUAAAGGUUUUGUUUACAUUCGAUUCAAAUCCUUCGACAACAUAGAGUGCAAAUCUACACUUCUGCAUUACCGGUAUCUUUCUUUGUUUAUACAUUUUAAGAAAAUUUAAAUUAUUUACUACUUUUUAGUGGUUUAAACUCGUCUGUGAUAGAAAGUCUUUUUUUUUUUUUAAAUAUUUUUUUAUUCUUAUCAGACGUAACCGAAUUCAGAUGCCCAUUCAUGUAGCACUUACUAAUUUCUUAAUCCCUCUACAUACCCCUUCACUUUCCCACAAGUUUUGAAAUAAAAUUGGCUGUUAAACUUUUUACAAAAAGGAAGUGUAAAAAUCAGUGCUUCCAAGAACUGGGUAAAUUUGUUUAUAUUGAGUAAUCAUACACUCUGGGAUAAAACUUUGUGAAAAGGGGUUAAAGGUGAUAAAGAAAAUUUUUUCAGAGUGUUGUAUUAAAUUAUCAUGUCUGCUAAAACACCAAAAUUUCUUUUAUCUCAAUAUUUUUGGGCCAAACUCACCUAAAUUCAUAAUGUCAAAUUACAUCAUUUGUGGAUAAUCCUUAAUUUAUGAAAGCUUCUGACUUAGUUUUAAGGCAAACACAGUUAUCCCCAUUUCCAUAAAAAUCAUAGUUACGAGUAAGGGAGACAAACUCUUAAUUUGUUUUUGGUAUCAUUCCUAAAAUGCUCACAGCCCUGCUUGUUGGGAUAUUUAAUUGAUAAUUUAUUUAACUUUAAAAAAAAAAAAACAGUUAAAGAUAAUAAUUAAAUUGGAACAGUUUAAUUGUGUUUAUAAAUACAUUUGAGAACAAGAAAUAAUAAUUAGUUUAUGAUGAGCACAAAGACAAAGGUUACAUGAAGGCUCAAGCACACAUAUUUGUUUGCUUUUUAAAUUUACAGCACAGCAAAGUGGACAAGGUGAGGGCGCUGCUUGCCGGAGGAGCAGAUCCUGGUAUACAGAAUAUGCAAGGACAAGUUCCUUUAGACGUGGCAUCUAGUCAGAUAAGGACAGUAUACAAUGAAGAGCUUCUUAAGGCAACAGCUCAGUCAAAGUAUGUAUUUGAGGAUGUACACUCUGUUAAAAGAAUAUUUUCUAAAUUACAUGCAUUGCCAAAUUAAAAAUAUUAUCCUCUUGUUAUACUAUAAUAAAUAACAUUAGAGUUUUUGGUCAUACAUAUUAGACUGUCAACAAAUAAAUUUAUGUGUUUAUUAAUCUAUUGUGACUACAAUAAAAAUAUUUAAAAUUGUAUUUACUUUCAAAAGCUGCCCCUUCAUCUAAUAGCAAUUAUGUCAUCAACAGUUUGGGUAGAGUUUGUCAGCUUUUGGCUGCUGGUGUCGACAUCCACCUGACUGACAGCCCUGAGAUGUUGAAUACCCCUCUGCAUUGGGCUGUUUGCCAUGGGAACCGAGACAUGGUGCAAUGUUUAUGUGGUGAGCACGUUUAAACAUAUCUUACAUGUCUCAGUAUUUAUUGUUACCAGUUAUUUCAGUAAAAGCUUUUGAUGUAACAACACUUUUAUGAACAUAUCUUUUGUUGUUGUAUUGAUGACAUUUGAAUUUCUUCCUUAAGCCAGAGGGGCUGAUCUAAAUGUCUAUAAUGCCAGAGGACUGACACCCCUACAUGAGGCAGUGAAGAGGGGUGAUGCUGGCAUUGUUGAGGAGUUGCUCAAUUAUGGUGCCAAUGCUGACUUACAAGUGACUUUGGGGUCAGUUUUUAUUCUGCCAAAAUUCCUGUACCUAGGUUUUCUUAAAAUAUUUGUUUUUGUUAUAUAAAAAGAGUAAAGUUAUAGAAGAUAGCUUCAUCAAACACGUUUGGUAGAUCUGUGUUGGUGCACAAAUAUCUUGUAGAUGUAUAUUGGCCUGUGUUUUAAUGGUUGCAAGGUAUGAAAGACUUAGAAUGGGUAUUCUCGUAUGUAGUUUUUGUAAUGUUGUAUUUUGUACUUCAAUGUGGUAUGUACAGCGCCUCGAGCCUUUGGGGAUGAAGCAUGAUUUUCAAAUAAUCUUUAUUAUUAUUAUUAAAUAUUAUCAUUUCUUACAUCAAUAAUGUAGCCUUAUCUCGACAGAAGCUCAUACAAACAGUAUUAUGAAAAUUUGGCCUUGAGUUUAUUUAAGCAUUAUGCUCUGCUUAAAAACUGCAUUCUUAUAUUUCCAGAGAAAAUGUUGGCCAAACAGCCAUGGACAUGGCAGCAGGGAAAGAAAAUUUACUACAAGUAUUUAGGGCCCCUCGCCACUUCUUGGAGCCAGUUGGGAAAUUCAAUCACAACUUUGGUACAUGUCCUGAUUUUUUUUUAAUAAAAAAAAAAUUCUUAAGUUUUUAAUCCAAGUUUCAAAGAAUUUCUUGUUCUCUUUGCUUUUAUCUCAAGAAACAUGAUUAAAUUAAAGAGAUCUACCUUAUGGGUAUUACUUUUCAGCUAUGACUAAAUAUGUUCUCAUGUAAAAUGUCUGUAUGAAAAUGUUAAGCUGAUUUUUUUUCCCCGAAAUUAUUACUUUAAAAUAAAUGUAAAACUUAAUGUUCAGCCUUGCAUCUGUUGCAGACAGCAAGGCAAAUCUUGUCAGACUUGACAGCAUGACCUCAACAGAAAGUGUACUUGUUAAUGGUCUGGAUGGGGAUGAUUAUUUGCAGUCCCCUAAGCUGGCGGGGCCCCCGCUCAAAGUAAAGUGGUGAAGUUAUCUUUUUUGGGGGAAGGGAUUUGAAAAAAAUAAUUCAUUUAGUUUGUUAAAGUCUGCAAUGGUAACUGAUAAGAAGGCUUAUAUUGUUAUUUUAAAAAAAUAACAGCUGCAUGAAUGAAAAUAACACAAAAUUGGCAAAAUUUUCAAGCAUAGAUAAUAUUUUAACUCAUUCCCUCCUGCAAUGCUACUUCCGUAUUUAAUUUAUUUGCCUGAGAGAGGGAAGUAACCCCGUUUUGAAAUUGUUUACAUUUUUUAAAUAUGUAUUUAAGCUACUAAAUAUUAUUUAAUUUUAACGAAUUAAGAACAAAUGCAACAAAAAAUGAAUAAGGUUUAAUAUGAAUAUAACAUUAGCGGGGAAAAAAUAACGAACAAUGACCAAAAAAUCGAUUUUCGGCACCUCGGACGAACACAUGCUACAUAUAGACGCGCCGUACUAAAGCACACGUAGUUUUUAAGUGAAACAAGAUAAAAACUUCCGGUUUUUAAAUUAAAAUCACGUUGAACCAUGCCAUCGCCGAAGUCUCGAGGGAUGCGAGAUUUCAUUGCUAUUUUUAAAUAGAUAUGAGAGAGGUGUGUCGCUAUGCGCCGGGACGCAUUUGGACGCAUCCGGCGAAACCCGUAAAAGACGCAUUUAGUCGCAAACGUCGGGAAUGAGUUAAAGUUGUUGGUCAAUUUAGUUCUUUGUAGGUGUAUCUACAUAGUUACAUACAUUACUUCGAAGUACAUAAAUUAAAAAAAUUAGUGAAAUCUAAAAUCAGUUAUUAAAAUUUAAAAUGAACUUAUUUCAGAAAAUAUUCUGUUUCUGGUGUGACAAUAUCAAUGGCCUGUCAAAACUGGCUUGUAUAGUUUUUUGUUGCUAUUUUCAUUUUUUUGGUCACAGCUUGAAUCAAAAGUAACCUUUGAGACUCACAGCCCCUUUCAGCUGGAGACUGAUGAAAAGCUGACUCUCUUGUGGCCCACUGUGCAGAGUUUCAAGCAAGGUGGUGGAAAGCCUUUUGUAGUCAGCAAUGUGUUACCUGUGUUUAUUAAACCUGGUCCACAGGGAGGUUAGAAUAUUGAUUUUUUUAAAAUUGAACUAUUUAAUGAAAUAUAGAUUUUUGUUGUUGUCCAUUACCAAAACCCUAUAUCUAUAAUUAUGGCCUUCACAUAUAGUUCAUAGAAAAAAACUAUUAAAUUCAAAGAAAUCACAAUAUAUUUAAGACCUCUAUUAUUCUAUGAAUUUUUCUUUUUAAUUACUGCUUAGAAAUGUUAGGAUGUUCUGAUAUAUUUUUUUCCAGGAAAGCAUGUUCAAAAUUUACUUAAACAAUUGGUUUAAAAAAUAUAUAUUUAAAAUAUGUAUGUACAUGAUUUUCACAUUUUGUUACCAAGCAACAAUGAUCAAUUCGAUAUCCAGCAUUUUGUUUCCACAAAAAACAGCUUCAGCCUCUGAAAUUGCCUUUCUAUGGAAUCUGAGGCGCCAUAUGUUUGAGGAACUGGAUUUGGAACUUUCCCUGAAUCUCUUAACUCCGCUGUCAUCCUUUGAGUCACCUCACAUUGUCUGUCAUGUUAACAAGCAUAUGUCAAGGCAGCUAGGCUCAUACAAACUAACCAUUACCCCUAAACAGGUAUAACUAGCUACGCCAGCUCUAAUGUAUUUUUGCAUAUAUCUGCUCUAAAUGUUACCCACAUAAGUUUAAUCUGAAAUUUACUUGUAACACAAAUUGUUUGUUAAUUUGUGAUUUUUAUAAAAGUGGUGAAACUUAGUUUUGGAACUAGAAAAUAGAAAUGACCACCAAAAAAAUUUGAGUUAAAAUGUCUUUAUAGGAAAAUUUAUUUAAAGUAAAAUGUGCCGUUUUUUCCUGCAACAGAUAAAACUAAUUUGUGGGGAUCUGGAGAGUUUGAAUCAUGCCAUAUCAACUGUGCUACAGUUGCUGUCCUUGUACAGAGAGGAAGAAGCAGUUAAUAUUCCAACACUUUUGGUAUGUUGGGCAUUAUUUUUCUUGAGGUUAUCUUCUUCUUCUUCUUAUAUUUGAAGGGCCCACGAUCAAUUUGUUGAUCAUUCUUGCUCCUGGUUUAAAUUCAGAUUAUUUCAUGUUAUUCUGGUUAUUCAUGAUUAGCAGAAAUUCAUGUGCCAACAAAUAAAUGAAAUGAAAAAUUUAAAAAUAUAAAAAAAAAAAAUUUGCUUGUAUGUGAAACAUUACAAAUAAAAUAUGUACUAUUGAAUCUUGAUAAAUUUAAAAUUUACCUGAAUUUAUAUUGACCAUCUUACAGAUUGAAGACUGGCCUAACCUACCACACAGAGGGGUGUUGUUAGAUGUUUCACAAGGAAGGAUACCUGCAAUGGUAGUUUACACAAUUGGAUGUUAUUCUAAAAAUUAACAGAGAAAAAAAACACAACAGAUCUCUCUCUCAAGUAGUGUGUUUUAUUUUUAGGUUCAUUUAUUAAAAUAGGUAUCUUGGAUCAAUCUGUAUAGUUUAAACACUCCCCCCCCCCAGCUGCCAAAGCCCACGUUUUAAGAAAAGUUAGCACAUUUAAAAAUGAUCUGUGGUAUAAUUGUUUUAGGGCAAACUAUAAUUGUGUUGACUCAUUUCCUCCAGGAGAGCUUAGAGGAGCACCUUGACACCUUGUCGCUACUCAAGAUUAAUCAAGUGAGACCACAAAGGAAUAAUUUUUAAAUUUAAUAUCUUCCUUUUUUCACUUUAUAAUUUAGUUGUAAAUGGAAAUAAUUGGAAUCCACUUGUAGUUUUGGCUAUCUUGUUAACAAAAAUUGGUUCUAGAUUUUCUGCAAUAAUAAAUGGAGUUAAAAUGAGGUCAUUGUUGCCUGGUAGGGAUAUUGUGUUAGCAUCUAUUUCAAUUUAGAAAAGGGUAAUCAUAAAAACUCAUUUUGAGAUGAUGAUCAACUUUUUAAGGUUAUUCUUUACUUACCUAAUGUUUAUGUCGACCAGAUAGUCAGAAAAUAAUUUAUAGAAAACAAAAUCUUUGAUAUGUGCUUAUCUUUCUAGAAGUAGAUGUACUCAAGAAAAUUCCCAUUCUUAAACCAUCACACGACAACUUUGUGCAGACCUUGAGUCACAUUUAAUUCCUUGUUUUCUUCAUCAGAUUUAUCUGUACACUCGAUUUCAUUCCAACCUUCCACCACAGUGGCAGUGUCCAUACACAAGGAGGUAACUAGCUAAGGUUGAUAGUUUUGUGUUUUGACUUAAAGGGCAUGUUGAAAACAAAAGUUUAACCUAUGCAAACUAAAAAAAACAAGUUUUUUUCCUAAACAUUUCACUCUCUUCAGACUCUGUAUCGAAAUAUUUAAUGAUCAAAGCUUUCCUUAGGGAUUUCAACAAAGAAAUUAGAAUCAUGAAAUAAUUUUUAAAAAUGUUACUCUUGCUGUAAGCAGGAUAUAUCACAAUAUGUUGUUUAGAAAGCCAUGGUUUGGUUUUCCAGGUGUCCUUAUUUUUUCUUUUAAGUCUUAUAUCAACAAUAAUAAAAUCACUUACUUUAAACAUAAUAUUUGUAAUUUAAUGUAACGUGUAUUAAAGUUAUAACCCUACCAAAUAGUUAAUGAAAGCCAUAAUUUGAAACAGACAUAUCAUUCUGUUUCCAGCGAAGUUCUCCACUUGUCUGAAUUUUGUCAGAAGCGUCACAUGCAGCUAAUCCCUGUGGUUGAGGUGGGACCCCGAGUCCAGUUUGAGGACCUGUCAAAGCUCUAUUCUGUUUUCCAGGAUUUUUUAGCCUGCUUUGGAAAUGCUGAGUACGUUUUGAACAGCCGAAAUUUAAUAAAUGCGAAAUCUGAAUAUUGUGCUGAAUAUUAUGGCGUAUAACGUGAUCCAAGUAUAAAGCCGCACCCUAACUUUUUGUUUGAAAAACGCCUUAAAAUGCCAUGUCCGCAUACAUUGUGAUGUGUUCCAUGAGAUAAACUUUUCCCCCGGGAGGUGAAACAAAAAGUUAUCAAACAGUAAACUAACUUUGCCAAUAUGGACAAUAUUUAUUUAUUAUAAAUUUAUUAUUUAAUUAUUUAAAUGCAAUUCGGUGUACUUAACAGGAAUAUGUAUUACUCCAGAUAGCUAGCAUAAUUAAUCUAUCAUUUAUUACUCCAAAUUUUCUAUGUAUUUUCAUCAUCUUGAGUCAAUUUAAAGAAAAAAAAAAUUGCCACAUCGAUGUGACUGCACAAAAUUUGAUGAAAUUCUAACUUUAAAGAAGUUAUUUUCAUUCAAAAAUUGUGAUUUAUCUGUUAAGAAAAGAAUUAACAUGUUAAAAUAUGCAUAUAAUGUAGUGGAAAUCAUUCAUACAAUUUUCUUGUUGCUAUAUUUAGUAUGAAGUGUUACAGGGUAAUAAAAAAAGUUGCUUAUGCAUGUAUAAUGCAAAUCCUUAACUAAAGUAGCUUUUUUUUACUCUUUAUUUCUCGCAAUAUAUCUGGUAAUGUAUGGUAUGUCCAGACUUUGUUAAAGAUGUUGGGGAAAAAAAUAAUUGUUCAACUGCAAUAUAUGUCCAGACUUUGUUAAAGAUGUUGGGGGAAAAAAUAAUUGUUUAACUGCAAUCUAUCAAAUUGAAAAUUAGAUAUUUAAUAACUUUGCAUUCAUUUGGUCUACAUGAAUAACUUUUAAAAAUAAAAUAUUUUCCUUCCAGGUUUGUUAGUGCUGGACCAAGACUGAGUAGUUUUAUUUUGGAUCAAACAGAAGAUAACCUAGGUGUGGAUGAUGUUAUGCGUUACCUCCCCUUGUCAUCACAUCAGACUUUACAGCUGUGUGGCUACCCCCUCCAUGACCUCGGCACUAGCUUACUGCAGCAGCUGCCACCUGGUGUUGUUUUUAAAGAAUAUGCAAUUAAGGUAAUAAAAAGUUUGUUAUAUUUAUUUUACUCAAUGUUCAUAUGAUGAGCUUUAAAAAAAAAAAAAAAUAAAUAAACUCUGCCCCUGAAAGCACUUGAAUGAAGUUGAAUCAUGUGACUAGAACAGGGCAGAUAAAUUAAUAUUUUUUGAGGUUUUUAUGAGGUGUAUUUCACAGAGCCUUGUGACUACAUGCGAUGAGCCUCAUACAUUAUUUAUUAUGUAUAGGGCAUACCUUUGUAAAAAAUUGUUGUAAGAUAGUCAUCCUUUAUUAUUUAUAUUCUUCUAUUGUUUCACUUUCAGGCUGACCAUGAUUAUAAUAAACUUUGCACACCCCUGUCAGAACUAGGGUAAGAUGUGGUUAUUUGUAAGGAUGUGUUUUUUGUUAUCUCAGACAGCAAUAAGUAAAUGUUACACAGAAAGCAUGGUAACCAAAAAAAAAAAAAAUGAGUUAAAAUAAUAAUAAUAAAGUUCAUUUCAAAAACACGCUUCAUCCCCAAAGGCUCGAAGCGCGGUACAAAGUCAACAAAAACAUAUCUAUAAUUAACCACAUUUAAAACAAACGCAACACUACAAAAACUAACUACAGGCAUACAAUCUCAAAGUCUUUCUAGUCAUUUCAACCCGGAGCAACACAGCCAUUAUGCAUUAACUGGAAAAUAAGGUAGACAAUCAUCCCAGAAGGUAUUUGCGAAAUAGAUGUGUCUUUAGAUCGGUUUUAAAGGACUCCAGUGUCUGGUUGUUUCUGAGAUCGACUGGAAGGGCGUUCCAAAUUGUUGGACCAGCAAAUGCGAAAGUGCGCUUUCCGUAAGUCUCAAGGCAAACACGUGGUGUCGAGAGUUUGCCACUAUCGGAUGAGCGGAGCUCUCUAGUGGGUACAUAAGAUUGCGAUUUUGUACUCUAUGCGAGCACGCACCGGCAGCCAAUGCAACUCUCUCAGAAGUGUUUUUGCAUGGUCGAAUUUGCGUUUGCGGAGAACUAUGCGAGCCGCAUUAUUCUGUGCUAUUUGAAUUUUAUCCAGGAGCGUAGCUGGAAGACCCACCAUGAGAGCAUUGCAAUAGUCCAUGCGUAAUAGCACAAAUGCAGACAUCAGCCUCUUUGUUGUAUCAAUUGUUAGGAAAUGUCUUUAUGGGAAAAUGUAUUUAAAAUAAAUAAGAGAUAACUUGGAGCAGGAAUAGAAGCAAUUAACAGAAAGAGAAGGGGGCUAUGCUAUUAUAAGUUUCAUCACCUGUUUGAUGUAGGUUUUAGUUUUAUGUGAUCAUGGAAUUAACUGGUGUGCAUCAUAAUGUGACAUCUUUCAUAUAACUCAUGUGUUUUGACUUUGUUUCAGUAUCAACUAUUUUGUAUGUCCAGGCACAGCAGCAUGGAAUAGGUAAUUCACUCAGAUUUAUUUAUUUAUAUGUUUUUGUAUAUUAUAUUUUCAUUGGACAACAUGGCUCACAAACAGUAGUUGAGGGAAAUAAAUUAUAAUUGAGAUAAGAUGCAUAGGGUCUCUAUUUACAAGAAAUUGUUGUAUUUUUUGUUAUAAAAAUUAUAUAUGCAACUUUAAACAGAAGAUAUAUGUUGCUGAUAAAAAAUAUAGUUGAUGAUAUAUUUUAUAAGAUGUCUUAAGUUUAUUUUUAAAAAAUUUCUUGACACUUUUCAUUAAUCCAUCAUCAUCUUAAAGGGUUGUUAAUGAUAAUAUUUUUUAAAAAAAUCAAUUUUGCAUAUUUUUAAGUCUUGGCUGGGGGAAGUGAUUACCGCUUGUGAAAUCAUGAGAUUAGGUUUAUAAAUGUUUAUUUGUUUUCAGCCUGGCAGGUUGUCCAGAAGCAGCCAUUGGGAACAUCGCAUCUGCAGCAACCAAAAGUGAAGGUGUUCUAGGAAUGGUCAUAUGUGACUGGACAGGCAAAGGACACCUCAACCAUCAGCCAUUUUCCUGGCCAGGGAUCCUGACGGGGGCUGGGAUGGCAUGGAACAAGGCCACUAGAAAAGUAGGAUUUGAGUUUUGUAAGCUUGGUUAAUGUAGACAAAUUUGACGUAUGUUUGUUUUCGAAUACUUACAUGGUUUGCAGUGAUGCCAUUUACAAAGAGUAAAUUCUGGUGUAAUCUGCACCCAGGCUAGGGAGUGAGAGUCUUGGAAUGGAAUCCCUCCUUUGCUGCGAGACAGUUGUGUAAUACUUUGGAAAGACUGGUUUGAACAGACAGGAUAGCCAGUUUUAGUAUGUAAAAAAUAUCAUGUUAAAACUGUCUUUUGUUGAAAUUUUUAAUUUGAUUCAAAUUUUUUCAUCCUGUGUGUUUUAACCUUUGUCUCACAGAAUAAUUUUAAAUGUAACUAUGCAGCUUGACAAUGGUUAAUGAAAAAUGGUGUAACAGGAACGGUGCAUUGUAAUCACAAUAAAUGUUCAUUUUUUAAAAUGUUAAUUUCUUUAUUAAAUUACUGGUAUAUUAUAUGAAUUUGGAAAUUAUUCCUAUAACUCAAAACGAACAUCAAAUUGGACUUAAAUCUGUUUACCUGAAGAGUUGACUGAGGAUCAAAAUCUUAGUAAAUACUCUACACAAGACAGGGCUUUGGUCCAACUCUUGUGAUUUAAGUUUUAAAAGGAAUAGUGAGAAUACUUUCAAAUUUCAAGCCAGAGCCACUGAUUGCAAAUACUGUUGUUAAAAAUACUUAAAUAAUAUUUUAAAUAAUUAGUGUUGGUGCAACUUUAAUGUUGUAGUGAAUUAUUGGUUAAUUGUCUUUUUUUUUGGCCUGCCUUCAGGAUAGAAUAGAAAGUUCCCUGCCAGCUUUAUUAAAUCAGCAUGUCUUCAGAGACAGAGGUGGUGCCCUCGGGAACAUCGUCAUGGAACUAGGCAAAGCUGAAACUUAUGCAAUAAGACGAUCUCGCAAUCAGGCAGGUCCGAAAAAAAAAAAUCUUUUCUAAUUUUCAUUUUCUCUCUGCGUCCUUGGAUCUCUUCAAUAGUUCUUACUGGAGUUAAAUUUUCGCUGAACUAAUGCAUUUUUUUGCGUUUCUUGGUUCACUUUGAGGAAGAUUAAAAUUUAGCCACACAAGUUUUAAUAGUAUUUACCCAUUCACCAGCCAAACUUUUUGUUUAAAAAAAAAUUCAGAUUUUAAAUGUUUUACCCAUUGGUGCCCUAAUAGCACAGCCUACAUAAAAUGUCACAUCAUUUUAAGCUAGAUUCACUUCAUAUCAUUAAGCAAAUUCACUUCAUAUCAUUAAGCUAGAUUCACUUCAUAUCAUUAAGCUAGAUUCACUUCAUAUCAUUAAGCUAGAUUCACUUCAUAUCAUUUUAAGCUAGAUUCACUUCAUAUCAUUAAGCAGAUUCAAUUCAUAUCAUUAAGAUAGAUUCACCUCAACCUCAAAUGUAAGCUUUGGUUUCAGAAUACUUUAUAAAUGACUAUUCCUACAAAAGAAAUCAGCUUCCUUACCUGUCAGUUGUAUUUCUGAACUAAUUGCAGCUGAGGAUAAUACUGACCUGCCAGAGGAGCAAGGCUCCAUCCUAUACAGAUUUCUCACCCACCCUGAUGGAGUGCCUCUAGAAUAUCUUUCCACUGACGCCUUACAGGUUAGCAGACUAGUAAAUGUUAAGUUGUUUCAUUUGUUGAAAAUUCAUGAAUAUAAAAGAAAUGAGAAAUUAAUUGUAUAAGUGGAAGCAAAACAUUGGUUUGGAAAAAUAGUUUUAAUUAGAAAUUGGUGUUGAGUUGAUGACCCUGUUGAAUGAAGUCUGUUGUUGGAGUGUAGACUGAACCAGAUUUUUCAGUUGAGUUGUGAUAUUUCAGCAAGUGACCAAACAUAUCAGAAAGUGCCAGACUACAAUAUUAGCGGCUGAUUCCCAGUGCAUGUUUGGGGACCUUCUCAAAACUGAGAUACAGUUGACCACAGAGCUAAUGCUACUGGCAUGCAAGUAAGUCACAUUUAUGUCCAGUGUUAAUAUUUGGAAGUUUACAUGGCAUGGUUAAGGAUUGCAAAAGUGAAUAUGUAAGUUUACACAAAAAAAAAUAUAGAUAUAUAUAAUUCCAUCAAAAUUUUUUUUAAGAACAUCUGUUGAUGUAAACUGCAUUAUUUUUCACCUUUUUUUUUUCUCAUUUAGAAUUGGCAAAGCUUUAGUGUUGUCAGGACGUAAGCCUGACCGCCAGGCUGGAUAUGGAGUGGUCAACUUUGGCAUCAGUAAUUUGACCAUCACAACAAGGACAGACCUUGCUAACAAGUAAAUUAUUUUUGUGGACUAAUUAAUAAUUACUGUCUCUAGCCACUAUUCUUUUAAGUGCUUAUAUAAGGCUUAGUCUUAAUUGAGUGAAUUACAAAUUAUUUAAUUUUUUUCUAUGUCAUAUCUUAAUAGUUGAUGAGUAUUGCUGUAAGCAAACUAGUUUUUUGUAAUUUUAAUGAUUACAGGGUAUUUAAUAAUUAAUAUAUUAAUUAAUAAACUGCUUUUUAGAACUGUACUACAAGGGCUUGAACUUUGUUACAUUCAUGCUACUUAAAAAGAUUACUACUACUACACUAACUUUCCCUUAGGUUUCAUCUUAGUAUAACACACUUGACUGAUGGUGUACUAAAAUGUAGGGAUUGUUUUUGUGUAGCAGUCUCUUAUCUUCUGCCCUCAUAGUACCAAAGAAGGAGCCAGUUCUCAUAGAAAUUCUACUUAUUCAUACCAAAGAAUUCAGAGCUGUGAUACUCCUAUCAAAUCAAUAGACCUGCAAAAUAGUGAGAAUAUUUGUCCUCAGACUCUGAUGGGCUGUUUUAAAUAAAAUCAAUAUAAUGAGCCACUUAUUUUCACUUCUCCAUGUUUUGAAACACCCUGUGAUACAUCUUUACAUAAAACAACUUGGACACUUUUUUAUUUACCCAGGCUGCUUGAGCUCAUCAAACAGUUCAAAGAAGUUUGGGCACAGCGCUCCAAUCCCAGCGUGGGACUGGAUGACUCCAUCGAGAGGCUACGAAGUUUAUUCAAAGUAUUGUUGCCGGAGACCUCACACUCUGAACAUCUCAACAUGGAGUCCGGGUACUGAGAUCAGGGGAGACGAGCCCUGGUUCAAUUUUCUGCUGUAAAUUUACAGUCAAUCCUGGCUCAAAUUAUGCAGGAGCACGCAAUACUUAAGCACAGGUGAUACAUUGUUUAAUCGCUAACUCGAGUCCUGGAAGCAUGGAAAUCGACUAUUAGAUUUCCUAAGCAGGUUAUUGAUUUUUUUUGGGGCAAACUUAAAUUUCAUUAGUUAUUUUGAGGACAUAAAAUAAGCUUUGGUUGCCACAUGCAACCACUGGGCUGACUACAAAUGAAGUACUUGAUAUUCAAAAUGACAAUUUGGGGCUACUUGUUAUGGAAUUGAUUGUUACAUCUUUAUCUGGCCAUAUUGAGUGUAACAGUGUACCGACGGCACCCACUGUGAUAUUUGUCUGGCUAUUCUUUUCUUUUAAAAAAAUCGGAGGGCCAUUUUAUAUAUUCCAUGAAAAUCUCCGCUACUUCACAAAUGAUAAAAACCUGACCUUAACCUUGUGUGCUUCCUUCUUCAGCAUUUUUAUAUAAUGCUCAGUAUUGCAGUAUUCAAACUUUGGUCGGGAUUUGAGUGAAGCUUAGUUUUAGUAACAUGGCAAUAUAAGUCUGAUAGGAAGGCAUUGUUGCAAUAAUACUCAAGUAUUUUUAAUAAGUGUUUUAAAAUUUAUUUAUAAUGACUUAAUUUAAAGAAGUUUGAACUGAACAAAAGAGAAAAUUCUGAUGUUUUGAUAAAACCCUUAGCCAAUAAUAAUAUAGUUUAUUUUAAAAUUAUUAUAAUUUUUUUUAAAUUUAGGUCACUGGAUUUCAUUGAAUUUUUAGCUUUAUUAACUUUGUACUAUUUGUAACAGACAUGUUUUAUGUCACCACAUAUCACAUUUUAAAUGUUGGUGUGUUUUGUUUUUAAAGUUUUCACUUCAUCUCGGUAUACUACAUUUUUAAAAAAAAUGAUUUUAACAAGGAGAAUUUAACCAUAAGCUUAUUGUGAUGCUAUAACCAGUCCUAUGAAAACUAUUGAAAAUGUUGACACUUCAUUGAGCUGAACACCCAGAUAUAUUUUUAUGAUGCAUCUAUUAACACAUAUUUUUGAUUAAUUUAUAAUAAUGGGUUUCAGGCCUUGAUUUAGUUUAUGUACUUUUGGUAUAUUAAGAAAUAAGGAGCUUAAAACUUAAAGUGGGCCCUCGUGCUGAGUGAACUGUAAAGAGAUUCUUUGCUGGAUUUGCCUUGUAACCGUUUAUUUUAUUACAUCAGAGGUGCUAGUAUUGUAAUAUAUUGAACAAAAAUGAACAAAUCAUCUCAUUGCAUUAUUAUAAUCUUUGCUAAUCAAAAUUAGAUUUUCAUGGAACUUCACGGUUAUCAACUUUUAACUAAAUUGCGUAUCCUCAGACCUGGUUACCCUGGAACACCACAAAAAAAGUACAUUCUCCUUUCAGAAUAGUACUUCAUAAUCAUGCUAUACUGUAUUAUACAAGUAAAUAAAUAAGCAUGCAGUAUAAUGUAUACAAUAACUAUUCACAUCGCAUGUCAAAAAAAGGUAAUUCUCCAUUGUAGGUGGCCGAUGUUUAUAUAUAUAUAUAUUUUUUUUUUUUUAAAGUAAAAAGGUGCCCCUCAUCACUACUUUAAUAGUCAAAGAUAGUGUGGGGGAGCGGAAAUCGAGGACGCGCGCCGAAGUCACCUGAGCAGAAGUGAGGGUAGGGUUUGGGAAGGGUCUGAGCCCCCUCCCCUUGAAUUUUUUUUUUUUAAAGAUAAAAAAUACAGGGUUUCACUCUGGCGUAUACUUGAAUGAGAAUGAGCAGUUGAGAAUGCAUUUAAUUAUUUUUUAAAUCCAGUUUCCCCCAUUUCUGCAAAUGUUCCAGCCAGAGAACAAAACAAUUAUGUAAUAAAAUUACAUCAUACAGCACUGAAGCAAACAAAAACCAAAGUUGACUUAAUUUGUCGACUACGCUAAUAUUACCUGUUGCUUUAUCUAGCGAUUUCAUUGUGAAAACACAAAGCAACAUUGCGUCAUUGAUCACCAUCAUUACGAAACGUGUUAUUUCAUGGUCUUUAAAAAAAAAUUUGGGCGCCUCCCCCCCCGUAAGCUCCUAAGUAUACACCACCCGCUUCGACUCUCAUUGCGUACAUAAUAUAAUUAUGGAUGGUCUCCAACCAAACCCACUUGGACUCUCAGUGCGUACAUAAUAUAUGUAUGUAUUUUCCCAACCAAUCAUCUUUCUCAUUCCAUUCUGGGUGUAGAAAGGAGCUCAAUCUAACAGCAGAAAUAGUCUUUUCUUUCUUUUUUUUUUUUAAUCAUAAAAAAAAACAACUACUGGAAUAUAUUUUUUCAACUUGGUUUCUUAAAACCAUAAACUUUGAC